GCCGACGUGUUGAGAUAUUUUGACAGCUCGUUUUGGGUUCUUUUCUUCCGUGGUUUUCGAGUGACAAGAUGGCUCCAACCGCCAAGACCAACAAGGGUGAUACCAAGACCGCCGCCAAGCCGGCCGAAAAGAAGGCUGCACCGGCCGCUGCUGCUAAGGGCAAAGUUGAGAAGCCCAAGGCUGAAGCAGCCAAGCCCGCUGCUGCCGCUGCCAAGAAUGUGAAGAAGGCUCCCGAGGCUGCUGCCAAGGAGGUUAAGGCUGCUGCCACCAAGGCUGCUCCAGCUGCCGCUAAGGCAGCCGCCGCCAAGCCAGCUCCCGCCAAGGAUGCCAAGAAGGCUCCAGCUGCUGCCGCCGCACCCAAGAAGGAUGCUAAGGCUGCUGCCCCCGCCAAGGCUGCUGCUCCAGCUGCUGCCAAGAAAUCGGCUGCCUCAACACCAGCAGCUGCUCCACCAGCAAAGAAGGCUGCUCCCGCUAAGGCUGCUGCUCCAGCUGCUGCUGCUGCACCCGCUGCCGCUGCUCCGGCUGCUGCCGCUCCUGCUGCUGCUGCCAAGCCAGCUGCCCCCAAGCCCAAAGCUAAGGCAGCUCCCGCAGCCGGCAAGGUGGUGAAGAAGAAUGUUCUCCGCGGCAAAGGCCAGAAGAAGAAGAAGGUCGCCUUGCGUUUCACCAUCGACUGCACCAACAUUGCUGAAGACAGCAUCAUGGAUGUUGCCGAUUUCGAGAAAUACAUUAAGGCUCGUCUAAAGGUCAACGGCAAGGUUAACAAUCUUGGCAACAAUGUCACCUUUGAGCGCUCCAAAUUGAAGCUCCAUGUCAGCUCCGAUGUGCAGUUCUCCAAGGCCUAUCUGAAGUACUUGACCAAGAAGUACCUGAAGAAGAACAGCCUGCGCGACUGGAUCCGUGUGGUGGCCAACGAUAAGGACUCAUACGAGCUGCGUUACUUCAGAAUCAGCUCUAACGACGAUGAGGACGAUGAUGCGGAGUAAAGAUGAUUAUUAUAUAUUGUCAUGCACACACACAAACAUCUAAAGAAUGAAAGAACGCGAAUGUUCUCUUUACAAUUUUCUUGUAAA